GAUGAAUAAAGUCGAGUUAAUCGUGUACAAUAAACCAUUAACCGAAGGAUAAGUGAACUUUAGUGAGUGAACUUUAGUGAGUGAACUCCUGCCAUAUGGUGAGAAUUGGGGAGUCCCGUGUUCUAUCUGUGGUGGAUGUACAAAUAUUGAAUCAAAUAUAUCGUAUCAAAUUCGUGCCACGGCACACAACAGAGACUCUGAUGAUCGCUCAUUCGAGAGUAUAAUUACGUAUUAAUUAAUCUGGGGAUCACAAUGUCCACAAAGUCAGCUCAUAUGGAGAGUAUUUAAUCACAGGUUGAGCAGUUGGUCAUCAUCACCCAGGGAGUCAGCUCAUUAUCGGUUAAUUAUUUCUGCAGAAGACGAUCGAUCUACAAAAUGAUCUCCAAAAUUGUUGUAUUGGCGCUUGUGGUGGGAGUUGCUCUGUCUGCUAGUCUACCUGAUUACAACAAAAAAUGUGUUCCUGGCUCUCAAUUCAAAAUUGAAUGCAAUUACUGCAUCUGCUUGGAUAAUGGAACACCAGCGUGUACGAGGCAACUUUGCGAGGAACGACCUAAAGCGAGAUCUAUGUCACUCGUGGAAGCAGAUAUGUGCGUACCUGGAGAAACUUACAAAGACGGAUGUAAUUUCUGUACUUGUCUGGUGGGUGGAAUUCCCGACUGUACAAAAAUGAUUUGCAGGAGUUGAUUCCACUGUUCAAUGAAUACCAAAAUAAUCAAUAAUGAAUGAAAAUUCUGUAAAAUUACCAUUCAAUAAAUAAUUGCUAUCGAAUAAAAUAGGGGACAAAAGCAUAUCGGAAAA